UACAAGACAGAAUUUGAAAACCAUGGCUCAAGUUUUAAGAGAGACAGAGUUCUCUGUGGUUGCAAGAAACAUGGAACAAGUUGUAUUGCUGGUAGAGGAUUUGAGAUCACUAUCUGGGAUUUCUCGCUGUAGAAUAUGUCAUGAAGAAGAAUUUGAGAGCUCCAAAAGCUUGGAAGCUCCUUGUGCUUGUUCUGGGACAGUUAAGUUUGCUCAUAGAGAUUGCAUUCAGACAUGGUGCAAUGAGAAAGGAAACACAACUUGUGAAAUAUGUCUUCAGCAAUAUGAACCCGGAUACACAGCAGCUCCAAAAAAAUCUCAAAUAGCUGAUGCAGCAAUGACCAUUAGGGAUAGCCUGCAAAUUUCAAGGAUUGAGCAAGAACCGUUAAACAGAAGAAUAGUGAGUAUAGUUGAAGGAAACAAUUACUCUGAAUGCACGUAUGCUGCAGAUAGAAGCGCGUCUUGCUGCCGAUCCCUGGCUUUAGCUUUUACUCUCAUAUUGCUUGUAAGACAUAUUUUUGCACUCCUUACAGAUGGAAUGGAAGAUUAUCCAUUUACAAUUCUUACGGUCUUUUUACUAAGAGCCAGUGGAAUUAUUAUACCCAUGUACAUAAUUAUUAGGACGAUCGGAGCCAUUCAUAACAAUAUUAAGCGUCACCAUCAUCAUCAGGAUUCUGACGAUGACUCAUCAAUGUCUGAUGGAGAUGAUGAAGAAAAUGAGACAGAAGAUGAUGCAAUUUUAAGACAUUCAUAGUCACAUGUAAUUUGCUGUUUGUAUCAGAGCAUUGUGCUGAUGCUCUGUCAAAUUCCAACAUUUUGGGGCAUAAAUUUAUCAUACAAAAAAAAAGGAAUUUAGAUCGAAAUGCAUACACAUACCGUUGCCGUACGUAUUUUUAUACUAUCUCCUCUGCUCUCUACCAUCCACCAACCCAGGUAGAUAGAACAACCAAAUUUCACCUACAUAUGUAUAUGUAUUCACUUGUAAAAUCUUCCAAACAUGUACAAUGGGACAACCUUCAAUUUGUUAGCU